CACAGUACCAUCACAACUUCAUGCUUGAUGAGCAGAAAAACAGUUGGAGAAAUGAGGGUCCUUCUACUUCUGAUCGUGAUCCAUGGAGUAGAUGGAAAAAGUACGGUUCCAGAAAGCAACAAGUGGAUAACCCCUCCCGCAAAUCCAGCAUGUAACUCUCAAAACAUCUUGUGUAACCAAAUUGUGGAUAACUUCAGAGCUGUUUGCGUCUCAAACAAUAAAAAAGCAACUUCGGACCUCCCAAAUUUUAAAGAUGACUGCCCUGACGUGCUAAAAAGUGAAAAAACUUUGAACACCUACAACAGGGCGGAGAAAGCAGUCAUACACAGCAUUAUGAAAAUGACAAACCAGUCAAAAGACUACAAUUUUGGGGAUUUUGCUUUGACUGUGGUUGAGGUGAACCUAACAAAAGGUUUCCUAGCGAUCACCGCUCCGAAAGUGUCUAAUAAAACACGGACAGUACAGACACUGAUCCCAGUGGAGCCUUUCCAAAACGUCUCUGCAGCUAAGCAGAAAGUUGGAAUAGUUACAUACGCUUCCAACCAGCAGUUUAAUCAAAAAAAUCUCUCUGUAAUGUCUGAUGUCAUACGGGUUGAAGUUAUUGGACGUGACAUUGUGAAUCUGACCAGUCCACUUAAAAUAUUUUUCCUGGUGAACAAUUACAUAAACCACACGAGCAUAAACUACAUAUAUUCCUGUCGAUACUAUGAUGAAAAAGGUGGGUGGCAACUCAAAAAUGAUACAGUCAUGUUGUUCUUAACCUGCAUGCUGCUUUAUUUCUGUGGAAGACAAAAUAAGAUCUUAUUCAUAUUAAUCACAUUCAUGAACGAGUUUGAGGUGUGCGCACUAUUUUGGUAUUUUCUUUUUUUUAAUUUUGAGCUAAAAUGCAUCACUAAUGUGAAAUAUGUAGAAAACAACAUCUGGAAAAAGGAUGGCUGUAACACCACUCAGAUCAAUGAUACUGUUGUGGAGUGCUCCUGUAACCACAUGACCGCUUUUGCCGUGCUUCUGGUUGAAGUGAAUAACAUUGACGGUCAGCAAUGGGAAGUCUUGUCGUACAUCAGCUACGUAGGCUGCGGCCUGUCCGCAGUCUUUUCUGCUUCAUCUAUCAUGUCGUUCGUUUUCAACAGGAACGCAAGAGCAGAAGUGUCCAGCAGCAUUCACGUGUCUCUGAGCGGUGCUCUGUUCCUCCUCAACAUGAGCUUCAUGCUCAGCGAGUGGGCCGCUAAAUACACAGUGAUAGAAGUGUGUGUGUUUAUUGCUGUGACGAUACACUACAGCCUGCUGUGUUCUUUCACCUGGAUGGCUAUUGAAGCCUUGCACCUCUACCUUCUUCUGGCAAGAGUCUUCAACAUUUACAUCAAAUACUACAUGGUCAAGUUGUCCCUGAUUGGAUGGGGAGUCCCUGCUCUUCUUGUUGGAAGUUUGUUGUCGGUUCAGCCACUAACCCAUUCAUUCUAUGGCAUCAAAAACGUGACCUUAUCGAAUUCAAAUGCAACGAAUCCAGUUUGCUGGAUCACGGAGCCUCUCGUCCUUUACGCCGUGAACCUCUCCUACUUCACCAUCAUAUUCGUUUUCAACAUCACAGUUCUAAUUACAGUGUCCAGACAGAUCUUUAAGCUAAAGAAAGCGGACAACAAGCAUAAGAAACUAGCAGUGAAGGAUGCCAGCACAGUGCUGGGCCUCAUGUGUCUGCUGGGUACAUCGUGGGGAUUGGUUUUUCUUGGCUCCGGAUAUACCAGCUACGCAAUACUCUACAUAUUCUGUAUUUUAAACACAAUGCAAGAUGUUGGUUCUGAUGAAGAAACAAACUCAUCUACAUCAGCAUCUAACAUGAUGCCCCAGAGAGCUAAAGAUAUGUCAAUUCUACUUCUCAUCAUGAUCUAUGGCCUGGAUGGUGGACAAUAUGACAAAGAUCAAGUGCAUCUAACACUGACAAAUAAGACAAUAGAGAUAAUAAUUUCCAUAGCUGGAGGCAACAUUACUGUUUUGGACGAUGCAGAAAAUUUGUUUUGUCAUUCAAUGACAAGUUCAUGUUAUAUUGAGUGCUCCUAUUACAAUAUCAGUAAGGAAAACAAUUUCACGGAAACAAAAACAUUUGACCUGAAAAUGCUCAGUAAGAAUAACACAAGAGUUGACUUCAGCAUAGGCGACACAGAAACCAACUGUACCGUGGUAGAUUGCUUGCCUAGUGAAAUGAGUGCGCUCCUGAAAACGAAAGCGGAAAAAAUGAAUAUGCCAAGUGACAUGAGAAACGUUCUCAAUAUCAAAAGGAUGUGCAAAGAUGCGAUCUUUCAAGACACCGUUUUGGAUUCCUACAUCAGUGUGGAAAAGAAAGCCAUCAAUGGCUUUAUAAAUAUGGAUCGUUUUGAGCAAUCCAAAAGCUACUAUCAGGAGGAUCUUUCUAUCACCGUGGCUGAGAUGAAUAUAAGCGCAACAAAUGAUUCUCUAGAAAUCGCCGCUCCUGGGGUAUUUAAUUGUGAUGAAGUAGCUGGAAUAAAGAUCCCGACUGAGCCUUUCAAAAAUGAGAACAAUACCAAAUUUGGCAUAGUUACCUACGAUUCUGAUCAGCACUUAAAGUUAAAAGCGGGAAGUACAUUGUUUACCUCCAAAAUCGUACGGAUUGAAGUCCCUGGACGUGACAUUGUAAAUUUGAUCAAUCCACUUAAAAUGAAGUUCAAAUUAAAAUUAAAUUACACAAAUACAUUAUCUUUACAUCAAAAGAGCAACCUAUCCUGCCAAUUCUAUAAUGAAAGCGGAAGCAGGACCUGGGAAUCGAACGGCUGUAACACCACCCUGAUCAGUGAUGAGUUUGUGGAGUGUCACUGUAACCAUAUGACCCCUUUUGCUGUGCUUCUGAUCGACUUGAAGGAUUCCGCAAUAACCGAAAAGCAAUGGGAAAUCUUGUCGUACAUCAGCUAUGUAGGCUGCGGUCUCUCUGCGUUCUUUUCUGCCGCCACUGUCUUGUCUUUCAUGUUCAGCAGUAAUGCCAGAGCAGAAGUGUCCAGCAGCAUUCACGUGUCUCUGAGCGGUGCUCUGUUCCUCCUCAACAUGAGCUUCAUGCUCAACGAGUGGGCCGCUAAAUACACAGUGAUAGAAGUGUGUGUGUUUAUUGCUGUGACGAUACACUACAGCCUGCUGUGUUCUUUCACCUGGAUGGCUAUUGAAGCCUUGCACCUCUACCUUCUUCUGGUCAGAGUCUUCAACAUUUACAUCAGGCAUUACAUGGUCAAGCUGUCUCUAAUCGGAUGGGGAGUCCCAGCUGUUAUUAUUGGAGGCUUGCUGUCAGAUAAUAGGAUUUAUGGUUUAGCCGAGAUCACAUUUUCCGAUACAAACUCAACAAAUCGAAUUUGCUGGAUCAAAGACAUCCGCGUCCUGUACGGCGUGAACAUUGUCUACUUCUCCAUCACGUUCAUGUUCAACUUGGCAAUCCUAAUCACAGUCUCCAGGCAGAUCUUUAAGCUACGACAUGUGGGCAGCAGAAAUGAGAAGAUGCCAGUUUGGAAGGAUGCCGGCACAGUUUUGGGCCUCAUGUGUCUGGUGGGAACAACAUGGGGUCUGGCCUUCUUCAGUUCUGGAUAUACCAACUACCCAAUACUCUACCUGUUCUGCAUCUUAAACACAAUGCAAGGGUUUUACAUCUUUGUGUGGAUGUGUGGUACAGCGAGGAAAAACAGAGCACAAACGGCUCAUUCCAAGACCAAAUCCACCAUGGAAAGCUCCAGAUAAGAUCCUCUCAUUCAGUUCUCUUACUAAAACCUCAUGACACGACAUCUUCCAGAUGACCCACAGAAACGCCCCUGGGUUAAUGAAAAUGACACACAGGCAAAAAAUGGCGAUCUUGAAAACGUUUCGCCAUGACCUUUGGGGGUUGAAUUGUUUUAUUUUGCAAGAUUACUGCCUUUGGUAAUAAAGCGCAUCGAAGAAAAAGAAAUUUCCUCUUUGUAGCUGUAGACAUACUAAAACCUUAUCUAUCUAACAAAUAUAAACCUACUCAACAUAUCUAAAAAAAAUAUUAAAAGCUGUGAUUUAUCAAUGAACAUGGCAAAUGCAGAGUUGUUCUAUUAUUGUUGUUUUUGAAUUUUAUUAUAAUUUAGUUCUGAAAUGUAUAGGUUUUUUUUUUUUCAAAAAUCAUGGUUUUUAUUUAUAGCAGUGGUUUUUGGUUUUAUGGUUUUAUGGGUUUUUUUA